AUGUCUCCUGAUUGCCGUAUGCUGCGUGCGGCCUUCGAACGAGGUCAGUGUACUGAGAUCGCGAAUGUCGGCCUGGCAUGCAUUGGAAGCCUUGCCGAGGCUGCCCAGCGGCUGGAGACAGUGGGCACCUGGGCUAUUGCAGGUCCUUCCAAUAUCCAGCGCAAACUUCAGUGGCAGUGGAGGUCCGAGUUCGGAGUGACCCGUGAGGAGGGCUUAAAGGCCCUCCUAUGGCAACAGCAAGACUUCGUGGGAGACGACCAGGAGCUGAACAUGGCAGAGAUUGGGGUCUGGUAUGGUGACGUGUCAGCCUACCUUCUGUCCGAAUUUCCAAACCUCCGCAUGCUACUUGUCGACCCUUACCACUUGCGCGUGGAAGGUGCUGCGGAAGAUCAGCCGCAAGGCCUGCCUGUGGAGGCACUGGACAUCGGCACGCAGCGCACGCAGCCAUUCCGGAACCGAGCAACCCAUCUCUUGCAGCACUCGGUCGAGGCCGCAAGCUGGGUGUCCAGGAGCUCCAUGGACCUUGUUUAUGUGGAUGGCGACCAUAGCUAUGAAGGCGCGGCCUCGGACCUGGCUGCCUGGUGGCCCAUCCUGCGAGUUGGUGGGGCCAUGGUGGGCCAUGACUACACUAUCACCUGGCCCGGGGUCGUGCGAGCGGUCAAUGAAUUUGCAGAUGCACAUGGCUUGGACGUGAAUUUCUCGACAGAGCUCUGGUGGUUCCUGAAGCCGCACUGA